UAGGAUCUUGAAACACAUUCUUGUUGGCGAGACGAGAGAAGGAAGAAGAAGAAGAAGACAGAGAGAGACACCAUCUUAAUUUGAAAUUCUUCGGCAUCAGAGGAUAUGAAGCCUAUCGUGUGUGACAAGGGACAUGGAAUGGUCCAGGCGGGAUUUGCAGGAGACGAAGCACCAAAGGUUGUGUUUCCAUGCGUCGUGGGUCGUCCAAAAGAUGGAAUGAAUCCGAACGAAUCUUAUGUGGGAAACGAAGCUCAAGCCAAGAGAGAUAUUCUUACAUACCCAAUGGAGCAUGGUAUCGUUAAAAAUUGGGAUGACAUGGAGAAGAUUUGGUACCAUACUUUCUACAACGAGCUACGUGUGGAUCCUAAAGAACACCCUGUGCUUCUCACUGAAGCUCCUUUUAACCCUAAAGCCAAUCGUGAGAAAAUGACUCAGAUCAUGUUUGAGAGCUUUGAUGUUCCUGCCAUGUACGUGUCCAUUCAAUCUGUUCUUUAUCUCUAUUCCAGUGGUCGUACCACAGGUGUUGUGUUGGAUUUAGGAGACAGAGUGAGCCACACAGUUCCAGUAUACGAAGGUUACGCACUCCCACACGGUAUACUGCGUCUAGACCUAGGAGGCCGUGACCUAACUGACUACCUCAUAGAAAUCAUGACCGAACGUGGCUACACAUACACCACAUCCGCUGAGCGUGAGAUAGUCCGAGACAUCAAAGAGAAGCUUUGUUACAUAGCUCUCGACUACGAGCAAGAAAUGGAGAAGGCAACAAAGGGCUGGGCAAUCGAUAAAACCUACGAGCUUCCCGAUGGUCAAGUGAUUACGAUAGAAGCCAAGAGAUUGAUCAUGUGCCCUGAGGUUCUUUUCCAGCCGUCUUUGCUCGGAAAGGAAUCUUGUGGUAUUCACGCGGCGACUCGCAAUUCGAUCUUGAAGUGUCCAGUUGAUACGAGGAGGGAUCUGUAUGGUAACAUUUUGAUGACUGGUGGCUCAACGAUGUUCCAUGGGAUUAAAGAAAGGAUGACCAAAGAGAUCACUGCACUUGUACCGUCAAGUAUGAAAGUUAAAGUUGAUGUUCCUCUGGAGAGUAAGUGUAGUGUUUGGAAUGGAGGCUCCGUUUUGGCUUCUUUAAGCACCUUUCAUCAGAUAAUGUCGGAGCCUAUCGUGUGUGACAACGGAACUGGAAUGAUCAAGGCGGGAUUAGCUGGAGAUGAUGCACCAAAGGCUGUAUUUCCAAGCAUCAUGGGUCGUCCAAGACACCAGGGGGUGAUGCUUGGAAUAGAUCAGAAGGAAUUUUAUGUGGGAGACGAAGCUCAAGCCAAGAGAGGCAUUCUUACACUUAAAUACCCAAUGGAGCAUGGUAUCGUUAACAAUUGGGAUGACAUGGAGAAGAUUUGGCAUCAUACUUUCUACAACGAGCUACGUGUGGCUCCUCAAGAACACCCUGUGCUUCUCACUGACUCUCCUCUAAACCCUAAGGCCAAUCGUGAGAAGAUGGCUCAGAUCAUGUUUGAGACCUUUAAUACUCCUGCUACGUAUGUGGCCGUUCAGGCCGUUCUCGCUCUCUAUGCUAGUGGUCGUACCUCAGGUAUUGUGUUAGAUUCAGGAGAUGGUGUGAGCCACAUAGUUCCAAUCUACCAUGGUUACACACUCCCACACGCGAUUAUGCGUCUAGACUUAGCAGGCCGUGACCUAACCGACUACCUCAUGAAUAUCAUGAUGGAACGUGGCUACACAUAUACCACAUCAGCGGAGCGGGAGAUCGUCCGAGACAUCAAAGAGAAACUAUGUUAUGUAGCUCACGACUACGAGCAAGAACUGGAGAACGCUACAACAUAUAAAACCUACGAGCUUCCCGAUGGUCAAGUGAUCACACUAGGUGCCGAGAGGAUCAGGUGCCCUGAGGUUCUUUUCCAGCCGUCUUUGGUCGGGAUGGAAUCUUCUGGUAUUCAUGAGAUGACUUACAAGUCGAUAAUGAAGUGUGAUGUUGAUAUAAGGAAAGAUUUGUAUGGAAACAUUGUCAUGAGUGGUGGCACAACGAUGUUCCCUGGGAUCGCGCAGAGGAUGUGCAAAGAGAUCAGUGCGCUUGUACCCGCUAAUAUGAAGAUUAAAGUUGUGAUUCCUCCGGAGAGAAAGUAUAGUGCUUGGAUUGGAGGCUCCAUUUUGGCUUCUCUAAGUUCCUUUGAACAAAAGUGGAUAACUAAGGCUGAGUAUGAAGAAAGUGGAGCGGCGAUUGUUCACAAGAAAUGCUUGUAUUAGCGUUCUUUAUGCUUUCUUUUUAAGGGUUUUGUUGGUUAAAUAAAUUGUUUGAGGGAUU